CGUACCCGAAGCACGACCGCACGGCAAGCGCCACGCUCCCUCACCGUCUCCUCCGACCUCCUCAAGAAAAAUGCCCAGGGCCCCGAGGAACCAUAGCAAGACCUACAAGGUCCCCCGUCGUCCGUUCGAGAAUGCGCGUCUCGAUAUGGAGCUGAAGCUCGCCGGCGAGUACGGCCUGCGCAACAAGCGCGAGAUCUGGCGUAUCGGUCUCAUCCUGUCCAAGAUUCGUCGUGCGGCCCGUGAGCUGCUCAAGCUCGACCCGAAGGAUCCCAAGCGUCUCUUCGAGGGUAACGCCCUUAUCCGUCGUCUCGUCCGCAUUGGUGUGCUCGACGAGACCCGCAUGCGUCUCGAUUACGUGUUGUCCCUCAAGAUCGAGGACUUCUUGGAGCGUCGGUUGCAGACCCAGGUCUUCAAGGCUGGUCUCGCGAAGAGUAUUCACCACGCCCGUGUCUUGAUCAGGCAACGGCACAUCCGCGUUGGCAAGCAAAUUGUCAACGUGCCCUCCUUCGUCGUCCGUCUCGACUCUCAAAAGCACAUCGACUUCGCGCUCACCUCGCCAUACGGUGGUGGCCGCCCGGGUCGUGUCAAGCGCAAGCGCGCUGCUGCGGCCGCCAAGAAGGAGGAGGGCGGCGACGAGGAAGAGGAGUAAUCAACUCACACCUACGAUCUCCUCGGGGCGCUGUCUCACAUGGUUGUAUGUCUAUGAGUGCAUGUGCAAUAUGUUUAUGC